AUGCAUCAAUUACUUGCAAUCAUACUGCUGGUGAGCACCACCUGCCUGGCUCACUACAGAAGCUACGACUCGCACAACCUCAUCGAGAGGGAUGAGCCACGCUUAUCCGAUGGCAUACUAGUCGAAUGCCCCGUCUGCGAGCAAUCUCCCAGCGGAAUUCCCACACGCGAAGUAUGCGACAUCCCGAAAGGGAACAAAAUGUACAAAAAGUGCCGCCGCGGCACUUACAUCAACGAGAUCUGCGGAAAUCGCUUGGACUGCUACCGGGGACCAGGAGAACAGUGCACCGAGAAGAUGGACUAUGACUAUUACGGACAAAAGUGUGCCCGCACUUUUAAUUGCGACGGUCUCUUCCACGAAUGCAUCGGUCUGGGCUAUACCCCAGAUAGUCGUCAGCGCUUCUUUCUCAGCCAAAUGCAUAGCGGUAUCUACGGACAGGCGAAAAAAAAUGAUCUACGCGAAAAUUCUCUGAUGUUAUAUGCAUAAAUUG